GAGAAUGAGAUUUUCCUACGCGUUGUGGAUACACGGUUGCCCACUCACUUCAAUGAUUCUUGAUUUAUUACAAUAACUCCAGAGAAAAAAAAUGAUUCCUUUCACUUACUAUGUUUCAAAAUGAAAUCGCUUUGACCGUUUCUUCACACUCUCAGGUAAGUAAAAUACAGAACCCCUCGUCGGCUUUUCUUGUUCUUCCUCUUUCUUUAAAGAAUUUCGUAGCUCUUUCAAAAUGGGUUUGAAAUUUUGCUAGAUUUUACAACUGAAUUCUUUGUGUAAUCUCUAGGGACUUAAUUUAAAGCCCUAGACUUGUUAUUUGCCGACAAGAAUAAUUAUUUCAUGAAUUAUCUGAAAAAUUUUCUUGUGUAAUCAAUCACUCUCUGGUGGAAUAGGUUUCUGUUUAGUGUUGAAAAUGGUGAGUUUGAAUCGAAUUUAUUGUCCUAAGCUUUUGACAUUUCGAGCAAUUUUCAAUGGGUUUUGUGUUUUGGCUUUGUUUUUCUUAAUUUCCCACCAAGAAGAAAUGCUUCAAGGCCUAUUUUCAAAGAAACCCUUUUCAACUCUUCCCCUCAAAACAAUCUUUGACGACGGAGUAAGUGAAUAUGCCAUUCAGGUCGAGGUUUUUCAGAGGAAAAUGGUUGAAAAUAGUGUGAACUCGUCGAAUUACAUUGUUGAGAAGGAAUCUUCGGGUUUUGAGACUAAUGCUUUGAGGGCAAAUAGAAGUCCAUCGAUCUGCUCUGGAAUACAUGAGCAUAGAGGUUACAGUACUGAAUGUGAGUACUUGAAAGCCAACCCACAAUGCAAUUCAGGGGGUUUUUUCAAUUACAUCAAGUUCUUUUACUGUGAUUGGGAAAAGUAUAAAGCUUUGAGGUAUUUGGUUCUAGUUAUUUGGUUGGUAACUCUGUUUUAUUUAUUGGGGAAUACAGCGGCUGAUUACUUCUGCUGUUGUCUGGAGAAGCUCUCAAAUUUAUUGCAAUUGUCUCCCACGGUUGCAGGGGUAACUCUGCUUCCUUUGGGGAAUGGGGCGCCUGACGUGUUUGCUAGUAUUGCAGCUUUUUCGGGCAACAAUUCCGGUGAUGUUGGGUUGAAUAGUGUAUUGGGUGGAGCUGUUUUCGUCACUUGUGUUGUUGUGGGAACGGUGUGUUUAUGCAUUGGAGGGCAAAGUGUACAAAUUGAUAAGAAAUGUUUCAUAAGGGACAUGUGUUUCUUUCUCUUUGCACUUGUCUCUCUUCUUGUCAUUUUGGUUGUUGGCAAGGUAAAUAUUGGUGGUGCAAUUGCGUUUGUUUCGAUUUAUGUGGUUUAUGUCUUUUGUGUCGCUGCAAAUGAGUUGUUGAGGAAGCGCACCACGAGAUCGAAGUUAGAGUCCGCCCAACUUUUGUUACCAGUUAGUGGUUGUGUGAUUUCUAGUGGAAAUGUUGAAGAUCAAUCUAUUGAUGCCAGUUUGCUGCAGUCUGAUUCUCAGGAAUUUAAGCUGGCCCACUGGAUGUGGGCCUCAAACGUGGCAGUCUAUUCAAAUGAAGGGGUAAAUGCAAGUAGUGAAGUGAAUCCUGCAUCUUUGUGGGGUUGGAAUGAAGAGGAUACGGUGGAUGACAAUUCGUCUCUCUCAUGUUCUAAAUUGUGUUCGUUGCUCGAAUUGCCAUUGACACUCCCGAGAAGACUGACUAUUCCCAUAGUUGAGGAUGAACGGUGGUCAAAGACUUAUGCCGUAGCCAGUGCCUCUUUUGCACCUGUGCUUUUUGCUUUCCUUUGGAACACUCAGGAUAAUCUGGGCUAUCUAGCUAAUGGUAUUACGUAUCUUAUUGGUAUUGUGGCAGGUGGCAUUUUCGGCGUUCUUGCUUUUAUAUAUACCAGAGCUGAUCAUCCACCUCGGAGAUUCUUGCUUCCGUGGGUUAUGGGAGGAUUCAUUAUGAGUAUUAUUUGGUUCUAUAUGAUCGCAAAUGAGCUUGUGGCACUUCUAAUGGCAUUUGGUGUUAUAUUUGGAAUCAAGCCGUCACUACUGGCUUUGACCGUCUUGGCAUGGGGCAACUCGAUGGGUGAUUUGAUGUCAAAUGUUGCAAUUGCGAUGAACGGCGGGGAUGGCGUGCAGAUUGCAAUUUCGGGAUGCUUUGCUGGGCCUAUGUUCAACACACUGAUUGGAUUAGGUCUCUCUUUGGUGGUUGGAGCUUGGUCCAGCAAACCAGUGUCUUACAUAAUUCCAAGGGAUAUUAGCUUGUAUUGUACUUUAGGUUUUCUUGUUUCAGGGCUUGUUUGGUCACUAAUCGUGUUACCACUAAGCAACAUGUACCCUAAUAAAUUGUUGGGAGUCGGCCUAAUGAUCAUCUACUUGAGCUUUCUCGUUUGCAGGGCAAGCCUUGCCAUGGGGGACGGCUCGCUUCACGGUUCAAGUUGGCUACUGUAAAUUGUAAUGGUCAGUCUAGGAAGAUGCGUAGAGCUAGAUAAGCUAAGAACUUGGCCGAUAGAACAUAGUGAUCAUGUCAGUUAGCCCUAUUAGUUUGAUGACGAUGAAAAACCUUGUACUGUUGUUUAUAUAUACAAUAGUUGCGGAUAACAUUUCAACU